AUGGUGGUUGAGGAUUUUACAGUGUCGACGAUUAUGGCGGAAGAGAAUCUCGAUCCUAACACCGCGAACUCUAGCCGCAAAGAGAAGCACGUCCCGGCGAUUAGAGCCGUAAGCGGCGGCGACGAAGAAGGUCCGACGAAGGAGAAAAAGAUCGUGCGCGGUGGAAAUGAGUAUGCGUCGAAGAAAUCAACCACCGUAAUCCGAAAUUCGCACUCAUUCCAGAAUUCAUGGACCUUCUGGUUCGACAAUCCUUGCUCGAAAUCGUAUCAAGCCACUUGGGGAAGCUCGUUGAGAUCACUGUAUACAUUCGCUACUAUCGAAGAGUUCUGGAGUGUAUACAAUAACAUGCAUCCUCCAACGAAGUGGGUUCCAGGGGCAGAUCUUUACUGCUUCAAAGACAAAAUCGAACCGAAAUGGGAAGAUCCUAUCUGUGCUAAUGGAGGAAAGUGGACUAUGAUGUUCCCUAAGGCUAAACUGGAAUCCAAUUGGCUCAACACGCUACUUGCGUUGGUUGGUGAGCAAUUUGAGAACGGAGAUGAGAUUUGCGGUGCAGUCUUGAAUUUCAGAACGAGAGGGGACAAGGUUUCUCUAUGGACUAAGAACGCUGCAAAUGAAGAGGCUCAGCUGAGCAUUGGGAAGCAGUGGAAGGAACUUGUUGGUUACAAUGAGACAAUCGGAUUCAUAUUUCAUGAGGAUGCAAAGACGCUUGAUCGUAAUGCUAAACCUCGGGACGAGCUCCGGAUUUUGAGGCCGAGUAAACCAGAGAGGAGGAAUAAUGAGAGAAGUAGUUGGAGACACGAAACAGAUUCAAGAUCCUGGGUAGAGUCAGAGAAGAAGGGACGAACUACGGAUUUGAGGCCGAGUGAAUCAGGAAGGAUGUCUUAUGAGAGAAGUGAUAGAAGAUACGAAGCAGAGUCAAGAUCCUGGGCAGAGAGUAGGGGAAACGAAGCGGGUCGGAUUCGUGAUCACAGAGAUUCCGACGCAGACAUGCGAUAUUGGCUGAGAGGUGAUGAGAGGCAACAGAGGAGAAGCCACGAAACAGAGUCGAGGUUCUGGAAUCAGAGGAGGGAAAGAUCUACGGACUGGGGAGAAAUAAUUGAAUCCAGAGGAAGAUUUGAUGAGAGACAAUCGAGUGCGUAUCCAAAUCAUGACAGAGUAAAAGACUGUCCGUAUUUUCUAAGAACUGGUCGGUGUGGCUUUGGAACAAGAUGCCGUUACAAUCAUCCUUCUCAUAUUCCUCAGGCUAUGAAUACGGAUCAGAGAGCGAGUGAAACCAAACGGAGAUUUGAUGAGAGAACUCCGAGAAGACACGAAACAGAGUCAAGAUACAGAGCAGAGAGGAAGACACAAACUACUCCGGAUUACAGAGAGCGUUAUUCAAGUCAAGUAGAGGAGGGAGAGUGGAUUCCAGAGAAUCGCAGUGAUUAUGCUCAAGAGGAACCAAAUGAGAGACAGAGGAGAGACUUUAUGCAGGAUAAAAUUGAGAGAGAGAGGAGAGAAGUCGCAGAACAUAAGCGUCAGGAGAAGGAACAGGGACAUGUUCAAGAAAAUCUUCAGGAAGAUACACAGAGAGAGGACACUGAGUGGCAGAGGAGAGAAGCUCAUGACAAUGGGCAAGAACAUGGACAAAUAGAGAACAUUGAGUGGCAGAGGAGAGAAGCUCAAGAAAAUGAGCAGGAACAUGGACAGGUUCAAGGCAAUCUGCAGGAACAUGGACAAAUAGAGAACAUUGAGUGGCAGAGGAGAGAGGAUCAAGACAAUGUGCAGGAAAAGACACAGACAGAUACUGAGAUGGAAAGGAGAGAGGCUGAAGAGAGUGUGGAGGAAACAAUAUUGAAGAAUAUUGAGGAACAGAGACAGAGAGAUAGUGAGAGGCAAAGACAGUUUGGAGGAACAAAGACUCAAGCUACUUAUUUGGAUAUUUUCAUGCUCAGGAAGAAAUAA